UUUUCACCACUCAUUCUCCCACCAAAACACACUCUUAACCAAUACAAAUGGAGCGCGUGUUCAGCAACACUCGAUACACGUUCUCCCUACUAAGCUUGUUACUUCUUUUCUCGAGCUUUUCCUCGUUAGCAAAUGCAAAAACUCACAACCAUGACUUCGUCGUUCAAGCAACAAAAGUAAAGAGGCUAUGCGAAACCCAUAAUUCCAUCACCGUCAACGGGCAGUUCCCGGGUCCGACCUUAGAAGUGAACGAUGGUGAUACUUUAGUGAUACAUGUUACAAAUAAAGCCAGAUAUAAUGUCACCAUUCACUGGCAUGGUGUUAGACAACUGACGACAGCAUGGGCAGAUGGACCAGAGUUCAUCACACAAUGUCCGAUUAGACCAGGAGGGAGUUAUACAUACAGGUUCACAAUUUCGGGUCAACAAGGAACAUUAUGGUGGCAUGCACAUAGCUCGUGGCUUCGAGCCACUGUUUAUGGUGCUAUUAUUAUUCACCCACAACAAGGAUACUCCUACCCUUUCCCUAAGCCACACCGUGAAUCGCUCAUUAUUCUUGGUGAAUGGUGGGAUGCAAACCCGAUAGAUGUCAUACGAGAAGCCACAAGAACAGGUGCAGCUCCAAAUAUUUCGGAUGCGUAUACCAUUAACGGUCAACCUGGUGAUCUAUAUAAAUGCUCAAGCAAAGAUACGGUCAAAGUACCAGUCAACCCAGGAGAAACAAGCCUAAUUCGGGUGAUUAAUGCGGCUCUAAAUCAACAAUUAUUUUUCACCAUUGCAAACCACAAGCUUACAGUGGUGGGAGCUGAUGCUUCCUAUGUAAAACCCUUCACCACCAAAGUCCUCAUGCUUGGACCGGGUCAGACCACCGAUGUCCUCAUGAAAGCCGACCAGACGACAGGUCGUUACUACAUUGCUGCACGGGCUUACGCCAGUGCACAAGGUGCACCAUUUGACAACACCACCACCACCGCCAUUAUGGAGUACAAAUCUGCCACUUCAAAGCCGAUUAUGCCACCUCUCCCGGCAUAUAACGACACUGCCACCGCUACCGCCUUCACCACCAGCUUCAGAAGCCUUAGAAAACCCAUUGUCCCGACUGAAAUUGACCACAAUCUAUUCAUCACGAUGGGACUCGGAAUCAACCAGUGCCCCCCAAAAACGCGGGCUAGAAACUGUCAGGCCCCCAAUGGGACCCGCUUCACCGCCAGCAUGAAUAACGUAUCAUUUGUACUCCCAUCAAAUGUAUCUAUACUUCAAGCACAUCACCAAGGAAUACCAGGGGUCUUCACUACCGACUUUCCGGCAAAGCCUCCAGUGACCUUUGAUUAUACGGGUAAUGUAAGCCGGUCGUUGUGGCAGCCUACUCGUGGGACCAAGGUGUAUAAGUUGAAAUAUGGAUCAAGGGUUCAGAUUGUGUUGCAAGGAACAAAUAUCUUUACAGCUGAGAACCACCCGAUUCAUCUUCAUGGAUAUGAUUUCUAUAUACUUGCAGAAGGAUUUGGAAACUUCAACCCUAAAACGGAUACAGCUAAAUUCAACCUGGUGGACCCGCCUCUUAGAAAUACAGUUAGCUUACCUGUCAAAGGAUGGGCAGUCGUAAGAUUUGUCGCUGAUAAUCCAGGUACCUGGAUUAUGCACUGCCACUUAGACGUACACAUUGGGUGGGGUCUGGCCACAGUGUUUAUUGUAGAGGAUGGGCCUGGGCCAAUGCAGAAACUGGAGCAACCACCACCGGAUUUACCUGUGUGUUGAUAUUGAUAUCAUUCAUCAUCAAAUUUAAAACUAAAAUAGCUAGCAUUCUUUGUUGUCUAGAAUUGUAAUUUUUGAUUUUGUUCUUAUAAACAUAUUGUACUUUAUGAUCAGAAAUGAAACACAAACAUUUGUUUCCGAAGCAAUUAAUAGAAUACCGCUGACCCCUCGGAGUUGUUGAUCUUCAAACCUACAUUUCCAUGUGAGAAACGAUUGUAAUCCCUUCAACUGCUCCUCAUGUUGCAUAUAUCCUGCUGUCAAUGCAUUCCAGGCAUUAACAUCCCGAUCAAGCAUUUUACCAAACAGUUGGUGUGCGAAAUCAAUGUCUCCUAAUUUUGCACAGCAAACACAAUUGCCUCCACUUAUGACAUCAAAUAAAAAAAGGCUGAUGAACAAUAUACAAGAUAAGGGCAAUGUAGGGUUUUGGAUUUUGUAAUUUAUAAACUUACGUUGAAGAUCACUAGAGAAUAUCUAAGCGGUUAAAUCUUAAAAGUAUGUAUGUAAACGGAUCGUUACAGCCCACGGGUCUCGUUGAGUCGUUGGUUGGUUUAAACACAGA